AAGAGGAAACUUUGGCGGAGCGGCACACAUUAAUCAUAACUAACUAGAUAAAUAAAUACAUUCAUAGAAUAGCGACAUAAAAUAAAAGCACCAUGGGUUUUAUGCUGUCUAAAUCUAUGGACCAGAACUUCAAGAAGCAGCAGGAGUUCAUGCUGCACAACGCACGACUCCAGAUGGAGAGACAGAUCCUGAUGCAGAAUCAGAUGAGAGAGAGACAGAUGGCCAUGCAGAUAGCCUGGUCCAGGGAGUUCCUCAAAUACUACGGCACCUUCUUCAGCCUGGCCGCACUAGGCCUCACCAUCGGUGCCAUUAAGAAGAAGAAGUCUGUUCUCUUUGCCCCUGUCGUGCCUCUCAGUUUUGUCCUGGUCUAUCAGAUGGACAUGGCGUAUGGAACGCUAAUCUACCGAAUGAGGGGUCCCCAGGGGAGGCGGAGAGCAUCAUGGUCGCAGAACACGACCGAUUGGACCUUCCACACGGUGUGCCCAACUUCGAGAGCAUUGAGAAGGCAAGAAGAGCCAAGACCGCCCUCGGCUCCCUGUUUGAGAAAUGACACCGUCAUGGUGGGUGUGUUGUCCAGUGUCACACCCCUCUGAUCUCCACCCCUGGAAGUGAGUGAGUGAUGCUCCUCGGUCCCCAAGAUCAAUGUUCAUCAGGUCUUCACCACAGAGUUAAGCUGUGUUCACAUGCUAUCGAAAUGAUCGGAAACUCAGUAAAUGCAAGUACCUAGUUAGAUAUUUUAGCGUUUCCGAUGGCACAUGAAUGCGAAAUUAUACGGCCAGCCAUUAUUGAGCUGAAUGACUGUGAUCAAAAUCUGCCUUGUUUUAGAAUUAUCUACACCAAUGGUGUUCAGAUAUAUAUUUAAUGGAAAAUGGGUUAGUUCCAUUUAAGCCUUAGAAUUUGUGGCCACAUUAAAAUGGACUUCAAUUGCUCACCAGUUGCGGUUCAAAUGCCUAAGAUUAAUGGUAAGCAGUCACUACUCAGCCCUGGACUACUGUCAAAAGUUUGUAAACGUUGUAUAAAAAAAUGAAUUGCCAUUGUAAAAGAAAAGUCGACUGCCAAUGAUACUACUAAUAAAAUAUGAUUGUCUGUACACAGGACCAUGUGGAUAUUUCUCAUGACAAAGUUUACUUUCUGGAAUAGAAAAAAAAUCAAUCAAUUUCCACAGAAAUUCUUAAUUUUCUGCUAUCACAGUGCAGGUCAUCAUUUACAAACAGAUUAUUUAUUGCAGAUGAAGAUUUGAUUGGAAGCAGUCUUGAGUGUAUAGCUCUGAGCUGUUUCCAAACACCAAAUCUGAACAGUGACAUUUCACUAAUUCUGCUACAUGAAUGAAUUUAUACCCAGAAUACAUAAAAAAAAACAUGAAUUAUCU